AUGGAGUCACCGCAAGAGGAAACUGAGUCACGGGACAAGAAGCGCGUAUACAUGCGGCGGAAAGCGCAAAUGUACCGAGCAAGGGACAAGAAGGCCGCUGCUUCGCUGCGGGAACAAGCAUACGCCUUGGAAUACGACCUCCACUGCUUGCAGAACCAGCGGCAAAAAAGGACUAUUCCGACGUCUACAUCAGCCGUGCCAUGGCGAGUUGUUGGGGCGAACUCAAGCCUCAAUUCCAACGACGACGCCUUAGCCACGAAUGAAUCCCUUCGCCAUCAAAUCCGCGACAAUGCACAAGCAAUUGAACACUUGCUCUCCCGUGUCAACCCCCAAGAUGCCGUUGAUUUCCACCACGACGAAUUCAACCCAUCUGCACACCAUCCUCGCUUCAAGUUCGAUGUCAAGCACAAUAGCACCACGUCUCAACGCACCCGAGUGCACCUACCUUCUCUGCGCCAGGCGCUGGCAGUACGGACGCUGCUGUUUUAG